UGGGAGUGGUGGGUGCAGGUGUGGAUGGGGUGCGGGUGUGGUGGGUGCAGGUGUGUAUGGGGGUGAAUCUAUGGGGUAUAUGCAGGUGCGUGUGAAGGUGCAUGUAUGGGGGUGUGCAGAUGUGUAUGAGGUACAGGUAUUGGGUGUGUGAGUGUGUAGGGGUGCAGGUGGGUGUGUGGGUGUGCGAGUGCAUGAUGUGUUUGGUGUGAGGGGUCGGGGUGUGGGUGUGCUGUGGUUUUUGUCUCCACCAAAAUUUAAGCGUCGUAACUGAAUGGCCAGUGUGAUUGUGUUAGGAGUGGUUAGGCCGUGAAGGGGAUGAAGGUCCUUGCAGACCAGGCCUCAGUCAGCAGAGACCUCUCACCCUCCCAGCGCCUCCACGUGAGGACAGUGUCUGUCCCCUCUGUAGGAUGCAGCAGAAAGGUACCACCUUGGAAGCUGAGCGCCCCCCUCACCAGACACCAGACCUGCUGGCUCCUGAAUCUUGGACUUCCAGCCUCCAGAAUGGGGAGAAAUAAGUUUCUGUUCUUUAAAAUUCCUUCGUCUCAGGUAUUUUGUUACAGUAGCACAUGGGGACUGAGACUGGGUGUGCAGUUGGUGGGGGAGGGUGUGCAGGUGUGUUUGAGGGUGUUUGCCUCAAUCUUUAGACGGCAUCAGGGCCACAAUACCUGCAGGUGUCGGGACAUUAACUGCAGACCUUGGUGAAUAAAAGCCAGUUGUCCUUAGUUUGGCAAGAAAACCUUUGGAAGAGGCCUCACAGCCACUCCAUGCUACAAGACGGGGCGUUUGUCCUGGGGGACCUGCUGUCACCCUUAGUGGUCUAGCAGCACCGUCUCAGCCUCUCUGGCCAGAGCAGCUGCCCUGCAGGGGCCCCCGAGUCCUGGAGAGCUAUGUCAGGUAGGCUUCCCUGCCCCUUCCCCCAUGUUGUCCUGGGCACCCGCCCCAGCCCAGCUGUUCCUCUUAAUUGUGUACCUCGUGUGUGCCCCUGACAGACAAGAUGUCCUUGGGCAGCAGACCUCUGGCCACUGCAGGCUCCGGGCACCAGAGUGAGACUCAGCAGGCGUCAGCCGGCAAGAGGGCCCCUGACUGUGGAGGACUCCCUCACGGUGGUGGUCUUGGAGGGACCCCUGCUAACAGAAAGGGUGCAUCCCUGUCCACCUUCCCGUCCUCACCCCCAAAGUCAGCGUCAGCAGCUGGCCCGCAUCGGAGGCAUUCAGAUAGGAGUCCUUGGGGACUCCCCUCCCACCGACAGGAACUGGAAAUGCCUUGAGUACUGAGGGAGGAGGGCUGCAGGGACAGGAGGGAGGAUGCCCUUAAACACACUUGCUGGCGCUUCUCAGGAGAAACCCUGCCUUGGCAUGGGUCAUGGUGAAGCUGAGCCCCGAGUUAAGCCAGUGACCGAAUUCCUGAGCUCAGAGGACGGCCAAUGAAACAACUUGCUAAAAUGCUGAGACUCCCUCCACCUGUGAGACGACGAAAAAACGUGCUCAAGUCAGUUAGAGCCACGGUGGCCAAAGUCUGCUCAGAACCAGCUGCGCAGGUCCCUCCUAGGCCGAGUACUGUGGGGUCGCAGUCUUCCUGGACGUCGCCUAUUGGUUGUUGGAUGGACACCCGCUCCGGGAGCCAGUGUUCCGUCACCCCAGAAGCCAUACUCAACAAUGAACAGCUGGUCUUGCCGCCCCGCAUCUCCAGAGUGAACGGCUGGUCGUUACCCCUGCACUACUUCCAGGUGGUGACUUGGGCUGUCUUCGUGGGCCUUUCCUCGGCCACCUUCGGGAUCUUCAUUCCCCUCCUGCCUCAUGUGUGGAAAUACAUCGCCUACGUGGUGACCGGGGGGAUCUUCUCCUUCCACCUCGUCGUCCACCUGAUCGCCUCCUGCAUCGACCCGGCCGACUCCAAUGUCAGACUCAAGAAGAACUAUUCUCAGCCCAUGCCCAUCUUCGACAGAUCAAAACACGCACACGUGAUCCAGAAUCAGUUCUGCCACCUGUGCAGGGUCACCGUGAACAAGAAAACCAAACACUGCAUUUCCUGCAAUAAGUGCGUGUCCGGCUUCGACCACCACUGCAAAUGGAUCAACAACUGCGUGGGAAGCCGGAAUUACUGGUUCUUCUUCAGCACUGUGGCCUCGGCCACAGCCGGUAUGCUCUGCCUGAUCGCCGUCCUGCUGUACAUCCUCGUCCAGUACCUCGUGAACCCCGGGGUGCUCCGCACGGACCCUAAGUAUGAAGAUGUCAAGAAUACGAACACGUGGCUGCUGUUCCUCCCCCUGUUCCCGGUGCAGGUGCAGACCCUGAUAGUCGUGAUCAUCGGGAUGCUCGUGCUCCUGCUGGACCUUCUUGGCUUGGUGCACCUGGGCCAGCUGCUCAUCUUCCACAUCUACCUGAAGGCCAAGAAGAUGACCACCUUUGAGUAUCUCAUUAAGACCUGCAAAGAAGAGAGUUCAAAACAUCAAGCAGUGAGGAAAGAUCCAUACAUGCAAAUGGAGGAAGGAUUUCUCCAGCAAGGAGAUGGCGCCCUGGACUCAUCUGCACAGGGAGUCAAGGCUAAGAGCUCCCUGCUGAUUUACAAGUGCCCAUGUCACUUCUGCACUUCAGUAAACCCGGACGGGGGUUCGACGGCACGGGAAGCAGAUGAUGCCCCGAGUACAUCUACACUUGGGCUGCAACAAGAAACAACAGAGCCCAUGAAAACCGACAGUGCUGAAAGGAAGACUGAGAUUCAGGAGCUGAGGUGCCCCUGUGAUCCAGGUCUUCCACCCUGAAACCCCACCCCUCCAUCAAGGUCCUGCCUGUAGAGUCUACCUUGCAAAGCUUCCUGCUCCUACCCAUGCUACAGGCCAGCAACCAGAGCCCAUCAUCUCAGAGGCCCCUGGAUGUCCUUCGAAGGAACCAGGACCCUCAGAGCCCAGCAUCCAUCUCUGUCAUCAUCUUCAUCACACCCAAAGAAGAACCAGCCUUGCAGGAGGGUUUCCAUCUCCAGGAUGAUGGGCUGCCAGCAACUGCAGAGGAUGCAGCCACCUGCUUAACUGUGCUGUCCAGCCAGCCAGCCCACUGUAGGGCCUCUUGCUGCUUAAGAAGAGCUGAUGGGCUGGGCAUGUUGGCUCACACCUGUGAGCACAGUACUGAGAAAUGGGAGCACAGUACUGAGAAAUGGGAGCACAGUACUGGGAAAUGGGAGCACAGCACUGGGAAAUGGGAGUACAGAGUACUGGGGAGUGGGAGCACAGUACUGGGAAAGAGGAGUACACAGCGCUGGGAAAUGGGAGCACAGGACUGGGAAAUGGGAGCACGGUACUGUGAAAUGGGAGCUCACAGCACUGGGAAAUGGGAGCACAGUACUGGGAAGGGGGAGCCCAUAGUACUGGGAAAUGGGAGCACAGUACUGAGAAUUGGGAGCACAGUACUGGGAAAUGGGAGCACAGUACUGGGAAAUGGGAGCAUAGUACCUGGAAACCCCAGACCUGGAUUCUAAGUUUUUCAGCCUAGCCCAGACUUCUUAUCUUAGUAGACAAAAAGAGUCAAUACCAGAGAACCAGAGGCAUCCUCUGUAUUUUAAUGAACUCUGCCUUUUAGUCUGUUUAGUAGUCAUAUUUUAAAAGAUAAUCAGUUUUCCAAAUAUAUGUAUAAUUUACCAUGUGCAUUGGGCUGUUUUUGUGUUUCUGUAAAGAAAUACCUGAGGCCGGGUAAUUUAUUUAAAAACAUAGGUUAAACUGACUCACAGUUGUGCAGGCUGUACAGGAAGCAUGGUGCUGGCAUCUGCUUGGCUUCUGGUGAGACCUCAGGAAGUUUCCGUCGUGGCCGAAGGUGGGGUGAGAGCCAACACAUCCUAUAGUGAGAGCAGGAGCAAGAGAGUGGUGGGGUUGGGGGGCGCCAUACAUUUUUAAAUGACUAGAUCUCAAGUGAACUACCAGAGCAAGGACUCACUCAUCACCAAGGGGAUGGCACUAAACUAUUUAUGAGGAACCUGCUCCCGUGAUUCAAACACCUCCCACCAGGCCCCACCUCCAACACUGGGGAUUACAUCUCAACAUGGGAUUUGGAGGGGACAAACCUCCAAGCUAUAUCAUUCCAUCCCUGGUCCCUCAGAUCUCAUGUCCAGCUCACCUUGCAACAUAUAAUCAUCCCUUCUCAAUAGUCCCUGAAAGUCUAAACUCAUUCCAGGAUCAACUCAGUCAAAAAUGCCAAGUCCAAAGUCUCAUCUGGAGAUGAGUUCUUUCCACCUAUGAGCCUGUGAGAUCAAAAACAAGUGAUUUGCUUCCCAGAUAGAAUGGAUACAAUGAUGGCACAGGCACUGGGAAACAUGCCUAUUCCAAAAGGAAGAAAUUGGCCAAAAGAAAGAGGCUGCAGGACACAAGCAAGUCUGAAACUCAGCAGGGCAGACAUUAAACCUUAAAGUUCCAAAAUAAUCUCCUCUGACUCCAUGAGGCACACUGGUGUGAGGCGUGGGCUCCCAAGGCCUUGUACAGCUCCACCCCUGUGGCUUUGCAGGUUGUGGCCCCUGCAGCCUAUCUCAUGGGUUAGAGUUGAGUACUUGUGGCUUUUCCAGGCUGAGGUUGCAAGCUGCCAGUAGAUCAGACAUUCUGGGGUCCGGAGGGCAGAAGCCCUCUGCUGACAGCUCCACUAGGCAGUUCCCUGGUGGGGAGUCUGUGUGGGGCUCCAACCCUACAUCUCCUCCCAGCAUUGCCCUCAUAGAGUAUCUCUGUGAGGACUCUGCUGCUGCAGCAGGCUUCUGCCUGGGCACCCAGCUUUUCCCACACAUCCUCUGUAAUCUAGGGGGAAGCUGCCAAUGCCCCUUCGUUCUGUGUUCCUGCAGAUUUCACACCACUUGGAAGCCACCAAGGCUUACCCUCUAGAGCAGCAGUCCACACUGUACCUGGAGACUGUUGAACCACCAAUGUAGCUGAAGAAGUUGGGAUACAGGGACCAGUGUCCCAAGACUGCACAGGGCAUCAGGACCCUUGUCCUGGCCCAUUAAGCCAUUCUUUUCUCCUAGGCCUCUGGGUCUGUGAUGAGAGGGGCUGCUGCAAAGAUCUUUGAGAUGUUUUCAAGGUCUUUUUCCCAUUUUCUUGGAUAUUAGCACUUGCCUCCCUUUUAGCCAUGCAAACCUCUCUAGUAAGUGGUUGCUCUGCAGCCUGUUUGGAUUCCUCUCCUGAAAACAUUUUUUUCUUUCUCUACCACAUGGCUAAGCUGCAAAUUUUCCAAACUUUUACACCCUGCUUCCUUUUAGGUAUAAAUUCCAACUUUAAGUCAUUCAUUUGCUCUCAUAUCUGAUCAUGGGUUGUUAGAAGCAGCCAUGCCACCUCUUGAAUGUUUAGCUGCUUAGAAAUAUCUUCUGCCAGAUACCCUAGGUUACCAUUCUUAAGUUCAAACUUCCACAGAUCACUAGGACACGAAUACAAUGCAGCCAAGCUCUUUGCUAAGGCACACAAGGGUGACCUUUGCUCCAGUUGACAAUAACUUCCUCGUUUCCGUCUGAGACCUUGUCAGCCUGGCCUUCAUUAUCCAUAUUUCUAUCUGCAUUUUGGUUCCAACCACUUAAUAAGUCACUAAGUUCCAAACUUUCCCUCAUCUUUCUGUCUUCUUCUGAGUCCUCCAAAGUCUUCCAAUCUCUGCUCAUUACCCAGUUCCAAAGUGGCUAUCACAUUUUCAGUAUCUUUAUAGCAAUGUCCUGCUCCUCAGUGUCAGUUUUCUGAAUGAACCCAUUUUUGCAUUGCUAUAAAGAAAUACCUGAACCUGGGUAAUAAUUGCUGACAAAAGAUCUGAAUUCACAGGUAUAUGAGGAGUAAUUCAUGACAAGCUGCACGAAUAAAAAUAAGAAAUCCAGGCCUAGAUACAUUGUAGGGUAAGGUGGAACACAAAACAAAAUCUAACUUUAAAAACCAGAAAGAAACAACAAAUCAUCCACAGAAGAAAAGCAGUUAGACAGCAGAUGGAUUAAUCAUAAGAACAGUAGAUAGAUAAAUAAUAUUCACAAAGUGCUAAAAAAAAAAACAAACUUUUGAUCUGGAAUUAUGUACCCAGCAACACAAUCUUUAGGAAAAAGAGCAAAUUAAUCACAUUUUCAGAGAAAUCAAAGCCAAGUUUACCAGCAACAAUCCUACACUAAUGGGACUUCAAAAAAGAUGUAUUUAUUGAGGGAAAAUGUGUAAAGGAAACACAGAGCCGACAGGGAAUAAUUUUUUAAAAUUCACUAUCACUUGUGGAAGUUUUCAAUGCAACUCUCAAUUACAGUUAGGUCAAUCAUAUUUUUAAAAUAAUAAAAACAUAGACUUGGACAACACCAUUAACAGGCUUGAAUUAUGGGACAUCUGUGGAACUGGAAGCUCAUUUAUUAAUAGAAAAUGUGCAUUCUCCUUAGGCACACAAGGAAUAUUGCCCAAAACACUGCUUACUAGCCUCAACAAGUCUCAAAUAACUUCUAUGGGAUGGACCAGUGUUCCCCUUUACAUACUUUGUCUCACAAUUUUUCCUGUCUGCUUUUAAAGUUUCUAUUUAUCACUGGGAUUGAGCGAUUUGAUUAUAAUGAGACAUGAUGUAACUUCAGUGGUACUUGUGCUUGAGGUACAUUGAACUUCUUGCAUCUGUGGGUUUAUAGUUUACAUCGAAUUUGGAAAAAGAUGUUGUCAUUAUUUUUCCAAACAGCGUUUUUAAUACACUACCCUCAUUCUUCAUGUUUUCUUCUCUCCUUCAGGGACUUCAAUUAAACAUAUAUUAAGCCACUUGAAGUUGUCCCACAGAUCACAGAUAAUUUGGCUUAAAUUUUUUUAAAUCCUCUUUUCUUUUGGUUUCAUUUUGGAUAGGUUAUAUUGCCAUGGUUUCACAAUGAAUAAUCUUUUCUUCUUUAAUAUCUAAUCUGCCAUUAAUACCAUGCAUUGCCGUUCUGAUUUUAUACAUUGUAGCUUUCAUCUCUAGAACACUGAUCCAGUAUGUUGUUAUAUCUUCUGUGCCUCAAAUUACCUUUUACAAUAUGUGGAAUACAGUUUUGAUAUUGUUUAAUGCCCUUGUGUCCAUUCUCGAUAAGUUUUAAUAGACUAAUUUGUUUCC